AUGGAAGACACAACUAAACAUGCAAAAGGCACACACAAAACUGAGCGCCAUCCUUACCAAAAUGCCAACUUUUUAUCAAAAAUAUUUUACAUAUGGAUGCUACCAAUCUUUAAAGUAGGUUUAAAAAAAGACCUAAACGAAGAAGACCUGCUACCUCCCCUCAAAUCGCACAAUGCUCAAGACCUAGGCGAUAAACUAGAAGCCUCAUGGAAAUAUGAAAUUACCAACAGAAAAAAUCCAUCCCUAUGGAGAGCUAUAUGGAGGGUUUAUUGGAAAGAUAUAAUUUUCACUGGUUGUAUAUGGAUCAUUUGGGAAACUUUCAUAAAAUCCUCUCAACCUUUAUGCAUGUCAAAGUUCCUUGAAUAUUACCGACCAGGCUCGACAAUGUCCUCAGACGAAGUAUACAUCUACGCCGGCCUAAUAAUCCUAAUGUUAUUCUUGCAAGUCGUCGUAGGCCACUAUUACCUUCUCAAUAUUCUACAAUUAGGUUUAAAAAUACGCCUAUCAACAUCAUCCUUGAUCUACAGAAAAGCUUUAAGACUAAGCAAAUCGUCUUUGGCGCAAACAACCAUUGGACAAAUGGUAAAUAUUCUAUCGAAUGAUGUUAGCCGCUUUGACGCAGCCAUGGUCCAGUUUCACAGUUUAUGGUACAGCCCGAUUCAAGCAUUUGUAGUGAUGGGCUUAUGCUACGCUUAUUUGGGAGUCACUGCCAUGACUGGUGUGAUUUUGUUGGUAUUAUGUAUACCUUUUCAAAUGUGGAUGGCCAAAAAAGUCUCAACGUUUCGUCAUAAAACUGCUAUAAGAACAGAUGAACGAAUUCGCCUAAUGAACGAAAUUAUAUCUGGAAUUCAAGUUAUUAAAAUGUACACUUGGGAAAAACCUUUUGCCAAAUUAGUUGAAUUAAGUCGAAGAAAAGAAAUCAAUCAAAUCCGCAACAUCUCCUAUAUCCGAGCCGCUGUAGGCUCCCUGAAUCUAUUUUUAAACAGAUGCGCCAUUUAUCUUUGCCUUCUAACUUUAGUUCUUACAGGCCAAGUGCCUACAGCUCAACACGUUUACACUUUAAUUACUUUUUAUAAUCUCCUGCAAUAUGCAAUCACUAUUUACUUUCCUCAAGGCAUUACACAACUUGCUGAAGUCAGUAUAUCCAUCAAGAGGAUACAUACGUUCCUAACUUAUGGUGAAACUGAUAAUGGUAAUGAAAAUUUAGUGCAUACUUCAACCAAAUUGGGUGUUAUAAUAAAUAAAGCUUCAGUAAAAUGGACCGACACCCAAUUAGAUGAUACUUUACAUGAUAUUUCUUUAAACUUGGACCAUAAUCAAUUGAUUGCAGUGGUUGGCCCAGUGGGAAGUGGCAAAACAACCCUGCUCCACCUUAUAUUAAAAGAACUAACCCUGACAAAGGGCACUUUAUAUGUAUCUGGAAAAAUUUCCUAUGCCUCACAAGAGCCAUGGCUUUUUGUAGGAAGUGUACGUCAAAAUAUUACAUUUGGGCAAGAAUUCAAUCCCAAAAAGUAUCAAGAAGUAAUCAAAGUCUGCGCGUUGGAACGUGACUUUGCUCUUUUUCCUUUCGGAGAUAAAACAAUAGCCGGCGAAAGAGGCGUAACGUUGAGCGGAGGCCAAAAAGCCAGAAUCAAUUUGGCUAGAGCCAUCUACAAAGAGGCUGACAUUUAUUUGCUGGAUGAUCCAUUGUCAGCUGUAGAUGCCCAUGUAGGCCGUCACAUUUUUGAUCAAUGUAUUUCUGGAUAUUUGAAAAAUAAAGCAGUCGUUUUGGUCACUCAUCAACUUCAAUAUCUUCACAAUGUCGAAAUGAUUUAUUUAAUUGAAAAUGGUCGCAUACAAGCAAAUGGGACCUAUGAGGAUUUACAAAAAUCUGAUAAGGAAUUCACUAAGCUUUUACAUGAAAAAGAAGAUGAUGAUGAAGAAAAAGUUGGUAAUAGGGAUAAUGAUGAGGAUAAAAAUUAUGAUGAUGGCAAAGAAGAACCAAAACUGCUACAAGAGAAUAGAGGUGUUGGUAAUAUUGCUUGGGACGUUUAUAGGAGUUACAUUUUUGCUGGAGCACAUUGGUGCAAGAUAAUUGCACUACUUUCAGGAUUUGUUUUGUGCCAGACUGCUGCAAGUCUUACCGAUUAUUUUCAGACAUUUUGGGUAAAUUUGGAACAAAAACGUGCAGAAGAGUUCAAUCAAAACCAGACAGUGGAUUCUUUAGAUGAGAAUCAAAAACCAUUUUGGGCUAUUUUCUUUAUGGAAGAAAAUUGCUUAUACGUCUACAGCAUCCUGAUACUUCUAACAAUAUUAAUGACUUUAACUAGAUCGUUUACAUUCUACAGAUUUUGCAUUAAAGCCUCGCUGAGGCUGCACAAUAAUAUGUUUAACAAAAUCGUCUAUGCGACAAUGAGAUUUUUCAAUACAAAUCCUUCUGGGAGAAUUUUGAACAGGUUUUCCAACGACAUGGGGGCUAUUGAUGAACAAUUGCCGUUAAUUUUCAUGGAAACCAUUCAAAUUUUCUUUAUGGUUGGAGCUACCCUGGCAGUAAUCGGAAGCCUCAAUCCUUGGAUGUUUUUGCCUACUGUGAUAAUAUUUGUGAUUUUUUAUUUGCUUCGAAUAAUUUACCUCAGGACUAGUCGAGAUGUUAAACGUUUGGAAGGAACUACUCGCAGUCCAAUUUAUCUUCAUUUGAACGCUUCGCUGCAAGGCUUGACCACCAUCAGAGCGUUUGGAGUACAGAAAACUUUACAAAAAGAGUUCGACAAUUACCAAAACCAAAACGCAGCCGCUUGGUUUACGUUUGUUGGUUGCGCUAGAAGCUUUGGACUCUGGUUGGAUUUGCAUUGCGUUGUUUAUGUCGGUUUGGUGACUAUCAGCUUCUUUUUCGUAAAAACUGAAAUCUUUGGUGGUAAUGUUGGCCUAGCAAUAACCCAAGCCCUAAGUCUCACUGGUAUGUUUCAAUGGGGCAUGAGACAAUGGAGCGAACUAGAAAACAGAAUGACUUGCAUUGAAAGGAUUAAAGAAUAUGCGGAUGUGGUACCGGAAAGUGAAAAAGUUACCAAGGAACCACCGAAAUCCUGGCCGGAAAAAGGAGAAAUUAAAUUUGAAAAGUUGUGCUUGAAAUAUGAUGUUAACGAGCCUUAUAUUUUGAAGAAUUUAAGUUUUGCUAUUAGGAGCAAUGAGAAAGUUGGUAUUGUUGGUAGAACUGGGGCAGGAAAAUCGUCUAUUAUUGCUGCACUUUUUAGAUUAGCUGACAUUGAUGGAAAAAUCAUCAUUGACGACAUGGAUAUCAAAUUGAUUUCAUUAAAUAAACUAAGAUCAACAAUUUCAAUAAUACCACAAGAACCAGUAUUAUUUUCUGGAAGCUUAAGAAAAAAUUUGGACCCAUUCGAUUUAUACAAGGACGAAAUUCUAUGGAGUGCCUUAGACGAAGUUGAACUCAAAGGAGUAGUAAAAGACUUACCUCAAGGCCUGGAAACUCGUAUGUCAGAAGGCGGUGCAAAUUUCAGCGUGGGUCAGCGCCAGCUAGUAUGCCUAGCACGCGCCAUCGUCAGGAACAACAAAAUCCUAAUCUUGGACGAAGCUACUGCAAAUGUGGACCCUCAAACUGAUGCGCUCGUCCAGUCGACCAUACGCCGCAAAUUUUCCGAUUGUACGGUACUAACAAUCGCCCAUCGAUUGCAUACGAUAAUGGAUUCCGACAAGGUUUUGGUGAUGGAUGCGGGCAAAUCUGUAGAGUUUGGUCAUCCGUUUGAGUUGUUGCAAAAGGAAGGGGUGUUUCACGGGUUGGUCAAGCAAACUGGUAAAGCUACUAUGGAUAAUUUGAGUGCAAUUGCUAGAAAGAGCUAUGAUGUAUAUAAGUUGAAGGAGCAACGAAGCUGUUGA